CGCGUCGACACAUCCAGUGUUACCGUGGCAGAGAUCGUUUUUCCUUCGGGAAGACCAAGUUCCGAUAGAGAUAGAGAAACUCGAGAGGUAGAGUUUCUGGAGGACUGUUGUUGAGACAGAGAGCAGCUUGCGUCCAGUUGUGUGUUUUUUAUUUUGGGUGAAUUUUGUUUAUAGACAUUUUCGUGUUCAAAAAUAUAUAAUGACGUUCUGAUGUAGUACCAGAGACAAAUUGAUAUCACCAUGUGAAAUAUCGUGAUCAAAAGCAAAAUGUGAGCUGCCCAACCACGUGAUUGCUGUUUCUGUCGUUCUUCAGGGAUCUCGUUUUAUCAGAAUCUACAAAAUGAAGAUUUUUGUUAGUACAACACCGCGAACCAGCUUGUUCUCAAAUGACGCAAAAACAAUGCAAGUUUAGGACAGACCCAUCAAUGGCCAUUCUGGCCAGCCCUGACCACGUUCGUGGGUCAGUUACUUUAGGACAUAAAAUUUCAGAAUGAGAAAGACGUGGUUUAAUGAGCGGGGAGGGUUACGGCAGCGGGCGGCUCCCUGAGACAUGCAGCGGCUCAGAACCACCUUCAAAAGGUCCCGCACGCCCACCGGAGCCGAAAUGAAGACCCAGAGCAGCCUGGAGGUGCCCAAGCAGAUCCGUUCGGCCUCCUUCGACGAAAUCCAGCUUGAAGCGAAGCGGAUCCAGGCGGCGGCGGCUGCGCGGGGCCAGCACGCGCCGGCCGACGCGCAGGCGUUGCUGCGCGUGCCACAGUAUGAGCAGCAGCGGUCGCGCAGCGUCGACUCGGGCUCGACGGAGGAGACUGGAGCCUACCUGGAGGUGCCUCCCAGGCGGUUCCAGAGGAGGAGGUCGUCGGGUGCCAAGAGUCCGGUAUGCGUGCACUGCGCCUGCGUGGAAGAGUACAACCGCCUGAACCCUCCGGAGGACCCUCCUCCCCUGGACGCUUGCGAGCGCCUCUACCUGAGCGACACCUCCUCCUCGGAGGACAUUGAGGAGGAGGAGGACGAGCCGAACAACGACGAGGAUGAGGAGGUAGAGGUAGAGGAGGAAGAGGAGCGGCCGUCGAGCGGUCGCGACUACAGCCGGGAGAACAGCGGCGGUACGACGGGCACGGGCACGGGCACGGGCACGGGCACGGGCACGGACUACAGCCGGGAGAAUAGCGAGGAGCGGCAACAGCGCGCGGCCGAAUGCAGGAUCACGGUGACGCUGUCGCCGACACUCAUGUCGCCGGGGGCGCUGCAGUCGCCCCCGCCCGUGCCGAUGUCGCCUGUCAUCGAGUUCUUUCCGGCGGACGGGGAACCGGAAGUGCCGCUCACGCCUACGCAGACCAGGAGAAAAUCGAUACAUCGGCAAGAAGCGUUUUUUGCCGAACCCACCGGUACGUCUUUAGAGAACAUGUCGGAGGGUGGUGCUUCUGAGCCGUGCUCAGAUCGAACAUCAGAAGGCGCUCUGUCGGAAGGAGACGCCAUCAAUACUACCAUCCCUGGUCUGGUGGUGCGCGACAUCUAUCUACAGGUGCCAGACCUGAAACGAGACAGAGCCGCGUCUGUCGACUCCUGCUUCUCCAAAGUGUCCGAGAAAAAGACUGAAGAACUGCAACAUUCCGGGGUGAGUCUUGAAGUGCCCGUGGGGCCCAGCGUGGCCCUCAGGUCGAGGUCGGUGGACAUCGUGUUACCCACUGAUGAGCAGGCCCGCUAUAAGGCACUGGCCAUGGCAGCGCCGAGUUCAGCACAAGGACAGUAUAGAAAAUCGAUAUCAGGCGCUGCGGAAAGACCUCUGCGCAGUACACCCGAUUGGAGCGAAGGCGCAGUCAACGGCGAUCAUUUAUGGGUGCCUACGUCGGUGUCCGGUGAUUUUUGCUACGUCGGCGAUUCAGAUUGCACGAAACACGGUUCACGGAUGAAAUGCUCCGCCUGCAACGUGAUCGCCCAUCAGAAUUGCAUUCCCGUUUUGAUCAACAGGCAAAAGUUCACGUGCAAGCCGACGUUUCGGGACGUUGGCGUGCGCCAGUAUCGGGAACAGACCACCAUCCAGCACCAUUGGGUCCAUCGAAGGUCGGAGAAGGGCAAAUGUCGACAUUGUGGCAAAUCAUUCCAAUCGAAAUUAUCGUUUAGCUCUAAGGAAAUAGUGGCAAUCAGUUGUUCCUGGUGUAAGACGGCUUAUCACAAUAAGGAGACUUGUUUUAAUAUUCAACGAAUCGGCGAAGAAUGUAAUUUAGGUGUACAUAGUAGUAUAAUAGUUCCUCCCUCGUGGAUAGUAAAGCUGCCGAGAAAAGGCAGUUUUAAGUCCAGUUUGAGAAAAACGCCCAAGAAACGAGCUUCCAGUAAAAAAAGAACUAGAGAUAAGGAUAAAGAACAAAAAGCUUUUGUAAUAAAGCCCAUUCCAUCGACCAACGUGACACCUGUGAUCGUUUUUAUUAACCCGAAAUCGGGAGGAAACCAAGGCCUUAAACUACUCCAAAAGUUCCAAUGGUUACUUAAUCCACGACAAGUUUUUGACUUAACUCAAGGCGGUCCGAAACUAGGCUUAGAACUCUUCAGAAAAGUACCAAACCUGAGGGUACUAGCCUGCGGCGGAGACGGCACUGUAGGAUGGGUACUCAGCGUGAUAGAUCAAAUAGGAAUGAACCCUCAACCUGCGGUAGGAGUUCUUCCGCUGGGUACAGGGAAUGACUUGGCAAGAGCUCUAGGAUGGGGAGGAGGAUAUACCGACGAACCAAUCUCGAAAAUAUUGUCUAAUAUCAGCCAUAGCGAUACCGUUCUCCUUGACCGAUGGUCACUAGGGGUCGAACAAAAUGGCGGCGCGGAAGCACCCGAAGAAGGGAAGGAAAACCUACCCCUAAAUGUGGUGAACAACUAUUAUUCUUUGGGGGUGGAUGCCCAUAUAGCGCUGGAAUUUCACGAAGCAAGAGAGGCCCAUCCUGAAAAAUUCAACUCCAGACUACGAAACAAGAUGUUUUAUGGACAAAUGGGCGGCAAAGAUUUGCUCAAAAGGAAAUGGAAAGGAUUGGCCGAUUUUGUCACGUUAGAAUGUGACGGACAGGACAUCACACCCAAGCUAAAGGAGCUGAGAGUACACGCUAUCGUUUUUUUGAACAUCGCAAGUUAUGGUGGAGGGACCAAACCGUGGAACAGAUCGAUGGGAUCUUCAGAUCCCAGCACAGAGGAUGGACUUAUCGAAGUCCUAGGCCUGACCACAUAUCAGCUUCCACUUCUGCAAGCAGGCGGACAUGGGACUUGUAUUACACAAUGUCGAUCAGCUAAAAUCGUCACAUCAAAAACAAUACCAAUGCAAGUAGACGGCGAAGCUUGUAAACUGAAGCCAUCAAUAAUCACGUUGACGCAUUUGAACAGGGCGCCCAUGUUGGCCAAACGGAAAUGCGGCAAAGUGAUAGCACCGCAAACAGCGCUGGACAACCUCAAAAUCACCGUUCACAAAAUUAGCAUGGCCGACUACGAGCAACACCAUUACGAAAAAGAUUUAUUAGCCCAAGCAGCAAUAACAGUUGGUACUAUCGAAGUAAACCCAACAGCGGACUUGGAACACGUCAGGGGAAUAAUCAACAAACACGUCGAAUCAAACAAAGAAGUGGGAGUGAGUCCAGAAUGGUGCUUCGUUGACUCCUGUACCGCUGAGCGAUUCUUUCGGAUAGACCGGGCGCAGGAAAACCUGCACUACGUCAUGGACAUCGCGAGCGAGGACCUCUACAUCCUGGAAUGCGGGGGCGGCACAGCGCCACACACCCCCGAGGACGAAACGGCCGCCCCCUCGCCCAGUUCCAACCAUCAGACGCCGCACGUCAUACCGGAAAUGAGAAUAAGUGAUGAAGGUAGUCUGGAUUCUCCAAGCGACCAUCCCCCCAUGUCUCCCAAGAUACUGCUCUCUCCUGAUGAAACACAAUCGGACGAUACGCAGGACGGCAAUCAUACGGGGACAGAGACGGACUCAGGAGUACGAAUUCGAAGCAUCACUGAGAGAUUGUUCAGUUUAAAUCAGGAGUCGUACAGUGCCUUUAGCAACAUAGAGUCUCGACCCAACGAGGACUUGAUAAACGCAGCUAAAAAUGGUGAUUUACAUAUGCUCAAAAACCUGCAUAAUCAGGGGUACUCUCUUCAAACGAGGGACGCAACAGGCCAAAAUCUGCUCCACCACGCGGCGCGUCACGGUCACAAGGACGUCGUGAAGUACCUGCUGCGUCACGCGCCGUCAAUUAUCAACCAGAAGGAUAAUAACUUAGGCCAAACUCCUCUUCACAAGGCUGCCAAUUUUAAAUGGCGCAGCAUCUGUUGUAUGUUGGUAGCUGGAGGUGCCAGUUUAGUGAUCACAGAUUACAGAGGUAACACGCCGAGGAUGUUGGCCAUCCAGGCUGAAGAUCCAGAGCUAGCAGCUUACCUCGAAAACCAGGAGCACUUCCAGCUGGCUGCCGCCGACUUAGGCACCGUAGUUUAAUAGCAAUAAAAAAAGAAACUUUUCUAUCCUUACUCUCAAAACGCGUGCGUCUAUUUUUAACUCUUUCUAUUUGCCUUAUUACAUUUUAGAUAAUGUAGGUUAAGAAACGAUUGAAAAGUUUAACAGAAAUAAGUUCUAUCAGUGAAAAAUCAAUAAAUUUUAUCAACACGCUGUUUUUGAAAGUUAUCAAAAAAACAUAUGAUAUGUUUAGUAAAAAUCAAAAGUUGUAGUCAUUUCCGGUGAAACAGGAACUGACCGAAAAUCAUUGAGUACGUCAAUCAUUCUUAAUUUAUGUCAUAUGCUAACAUACAAAAUAUCGACUUUUUAUUUGAAAAAAUAAAGUUAUAGGGGUGAGUUUUCUUUGAUUUAAAAAAAUGUAUUGAUUUUUCACUGAAUUACAUUUCUAAAUCCUCUAAUAAUAAAGCAUUAUUAUUAUUAAAUGAAAAACAAUGUGAUAUUAUAAAAUACUUGAUGUAAAAUAGAAUUAUUGAACUCCCGAAUAUUGUUAUCUCAUUAAUAUCUAGUUCUAGUUGUAGCUUGUCAAGAGUUUCAACCAAAUUUUCAAUUCCCCACUCAUUUCUUUUUCACGAGACAAACUGCAACGUCAAAAAUAUCAAAAUGAACGUCGCCUAUACAAAAAGAAAAUAUUUUUUUAUGAGAAAAAACACCGUGUUUUUGACGUAACCUAUUUGUUUUUUCCGUGUAUAUAGAAAUUAAAUUAAAAAACUAUUUUUUGUUAAUAAUCGUUUGAAAUAUAUUGUUAAUUUCGUUUUGAUUAUAACUAAGAUAUUUUUUUCUAUAGAAACAUAUCACAUCGUAAGAAAUUCAACAUUCCUUCAUGUAUAAAAAUAAAAUUUCGUAAUUUAAGGUAGAGUUAAGUAUAAAUUAUUUUAUAUAGAAAUGAAUAUUAAGAAAUAAGGGCAAUAAAAAUGGAUGUAAAUAGUUUAGGAUAUUACUGAGCCACUGUUGUUAAGUUGACAUGUUGUUGUCAAAGAUGUCAGUGAAUAUGUAUUGUAAUAAGUCUAGAAAAUCUGAAUUAUCAAUUAUUUUCAUAAUUUUGAUAAAGUUUAAAAAGUUGCCCUACAUAUCGGGCAUCUUUUAAAAUUUUUAAAUAUAUUUUUGUUUCAUUUUUUGUAUUAUUCUAAAAUAUAUAUAUUCUGUAUAUUUUCCUUAAAGAAAAUACAAAAUAUUUAUUAAACUUGAAUUAACGACAUUACUGUUUAGUUUAAGACACCCAAUAGUAGUCAACAUCAAGUUCUAAAUUAGUGUUCUUGAUAUUUUGAGACAUUGGAACACUAAUAGUGUUCAUAUAAAUAACCCCCAGUAAUAUAAACACUAUUUCUAAUUAUUUGUAAUUUUAGAUCAUAAUAGACUUAAAUUAUACGCAUAUUGAAGUCAACAAACGGUAUUAUAUGACGUCACAUCAGAGAUAAACAGUAAAUUUACUGCUGAAAACAGAUUUUCAAAAUUUAUUUGAAAUUUUUGUCAUAUUUUACAACCAAAAAUGUCUCUUAAAUAAAUGCUAGAUAUUUUUUAGAAAAUAUUUCAAAAAACUAAUCUUGUUUCAAAGCUUCGCAGUGUUGCCACAUCUACAUUUUCCAUAUUUUUCAUACUUGUAUGUAUUUAUAAAAUCACACAACAUUUUUUUAAUUAUCUACACAAAAACUUACGAAAAUGAAUUGUAGUCAUAUCAGUGUGCAUUUUUGAUAAUUCUAGAAAAACGCACACUACUUGGCAACACUCAAAAUGUAAGUAUUGCCUUUGACUGAAGAAAUAAGAAGAGGCGCAACCUUAUGGGCGAUUUCGUGGCACAAAACCUAGUUCUGGUUUCAGUCGACAGAGUGGGUAGUUGCCGGAGACAGUGUUGCCAGAACUACGUAUUAAUCCGUAGAUAUACGGUAUUUAGGUACAGUACGUUAAUAAUACGGAUUUUCUAUUAUAAAACAAUUUAAUAUAAUAUUAUAUGAGUAAACAAAGAACGGCGUCAGAGUUGGCUUGGAAAUAAAGA